ACUCUGCAGUCUGUUUUUUUCUUUGUUUUCUCUCUCUUGCUGUGGAAUUUUAGGGUUUUUUUUUUGUUGCCUUUCGUUCUCCAUUUUUGUUCUCACUUCGUGUUUCGGUCGCUGGAAUCUUCUUUAUCCGACUGGUUUUGGUUUCCAAUGUCUGUUAAUUACUUGAAGUUCUUUUGUCGGUGUAACAACUUCCAAUUCGUCGGGCGAUUUCUGCUAAUUGGUGGCUUUGUGCUUCCAAUUGAGUUGAAAUAGUGGGGUUUCUUUGUUCAAUCGAAGCCCUUUCUGGGUGUGGCUAUGGCGCCGAGUCGAAGAAAGGGCGCCGGCAAAGCCGCUGUGGCUGCCGCCUUGCGCCGGCAAUGGAAAGUUGGGGAUCUUGUGCUGGCGAAAGUGAAAGGAUUCCCUGCUUGGCCUGCUACGGUGAGCGAGCCAGAGAAAUGGGGUUACUCAGCUGAUUGGAAGAAAGUUCUUGUCUAUUUCUUUGGAACCCAGCAAAUAGCUUUUUGUAACCCUGCUGAUGUUGAAGAAUUUACUGAAGAGAAGAAGCAAUCUCUUUUGGUUAAACGUCAAGGAAAGGGAGCAGAUUUUGUUCGUGCUGUACAGGAAAUCAUUGAAUGUCAUGAGAAGUUAAAAGAAUGUGAUAACAAUGAUGAGAUUAUCUCAUCUGAUGAUGUAGCUCGAGUAAAUGGGGGUAGUGUUGUAGAUUCAUCUGCCAAUGUUGAAUCAAAAGAUGAAACAGAAGCUCCUGUAGCAAAUAGUAACAAUCUGCAGUCAAAUAAUUCACUUUCUUCUAGAGACACAAGUGAUCCGGCUCUACCUAUAAAAUUUGUAUUGGAUAGUGCACAAGGUAGUUCUUUGCUUGAUAAAGAGGCCUUGCGGGAUGAAGCUACUGAUGCUGCUCUUUCCGAGCAACCCUUUCCUGCUAGUACCUCUUCAAGGAAAAGUUCUGGAGGAUCAAAAUUAAAAAGCUCUAUCACAAAGAGAAAUGUAUCUGUUCAGAGAUCUAGAAGCUCAUCUAGGGUGGAGUCGCGCAGGUUACAGCACCUGGCAAUCCCAUCUAAUAAUGGGAACAUAGUGGCCAAUAACAUUCCUGAAGAGUUACAGAGACGAAAUAAGCGAAACAGAAAAUCACCUGGUGAAUCUGACUGCGAUGAUGCAACUUCAGAACCUUUGAUUUCAAAUGUUAGCAUUGAAGAUAAUGUUUCUGAAAUUGUUACAGCCGACUCUGAUACCUAUAGCCUGAAUGAAUGCAGCACUAUUGAUUCUGGGUGUAAAUUUGAGAACUCUGAGACUGCUGUGGAGUGUUUGGAGAGAGAUGUUGAGUUUGGCAAAGGACUUGAUCUCCAUAUAAAGGCUGUAGUCAUCAAGAAGAAAAGGAAGCCAAUCAGAAAACGAGUGAUGAAUGAUGCAUCUGAAGAUAAUGGUGAUGCUCAAGGCAAGGAGGAGAUUUUGGAGGCUGUGGUGGAUCACUCUAAUCAAUGUUCACAAAAUGAUUGUGAAAAGGGGGCAGAAAGAUGUUCCAAAGAAGAUGGGGAUGAACAUCUUCCUUUAGUGAAACGAGCGAGAGUUCGGAUGAGCAAAUUAUCAUCUUCAGAAGAAUGUAAAAGACAUUCAGAUACAGAAGAACAGAACCAAAAGGAAGUAAUAGCUAUCAAUCUUGCUGGGAAAGUCACCAAUUAUUCAAAUUCUUCCAAUGGUAGUAUUUAUAGAGGCUUGGAUGCAGUAAAUGAUGUUCCGAAUUACACGUCACCUUCUAAGGUUUGCACUCAAGUCUCUGCAAAUUGGUCUCAGCUUUGCAAUUUUAAGAAAGACCAAUCAUUUUGUUCCUCAGUUGAUGGUGAAUCUGUUUUACCACCAUCAAAACGCCUCCAUCGUGCUUUGGAGGCCAUGUCAGCUAAUGUGGCCGAAGAAGAUAAGGCUGCUGCUGAAGCCACUGUAUCCAUGCGAACUUCUACGAAUGGUUGCAUCACAACUUCUACAUGUAGUUCCUCUCAUUUCCGGACGGAAAUCAAAGAAGGCAAUUGCUUAGGGCUGCAUAGUAGAAAAUUUCAUGAUGACCCCUCUGAAGUGGAUGAUCAAGGAUUUUCUACCAGUGCGAAUGACAUGAUCACUGAGGCAAAUGACAAAACACCUGUAAAAGUAGACUGUGGUCAUCAAGCAGAUCAAAAUUUACCAAAUCAACAGGAUUCCAAGGAUUACAUCCUACUGGAGGGUGGGGUAAAACAUAUUGAUGAUGCAGAUCAUUGUGAUUCACGUGUAGGCUGUCAUUCAGAUAGAACGGAAGUUCAAAUUAAUAGUGUGGAAAAGGAGUCUCCUUCUAGAGAACCGGCAGAUGUCAGAUCUAAUUGUUGUGAAGUGGAUAAGUUGCUUCCUCUGGAUGACGAAGGAAACACUGAUGUUGCUGCUCCACAUAUUGUUAGAUCUGAAAAUCCUGAUGAGCAUUUGGAAUCUUCAGAGAACUGUAGGAUGGGCUGUGGACUUGUUACUGGUCCCAAUGAUAUUGCUCAUCUUUCACAUCAGAAUGGAUCUGAUGAAGUGAAGUGUGGUGCAGAUGGUAUCACGGUAGCUAAGUCCCCGAAGCUUGCACCUGCUGAUAAUUGUGAAGAGAACAUGCUUGAUGUGAAAGAGGUUAACGGUCGAGAUUUGGUUAACAACCAAACAUCUCCCUUUUCUAGUGAUCAUGUUGUUGCAAAGGAUGCAUCAGAAGAAAGGUCCAGUUCGUCUGUUGUAGGCACAGGCUGUUCUCUUGCAAUGGAUUCUGUUGAUCCUAUCGCUAUUUCAGUUAGGCAUCAUCUUCUAGUAAAUAGUAGCAGUUGUAGUCCUCACAUUAGGUUAUCUCACAAGAAAAGUUUGGGUGCCCUUUUCGAGGAAGUUAAAUUUGAAUCUGCAGUGACUCUAAAGUUAAAGCCUGUGGGCAAGAAUGUUGAAGCGCAUGCUGCUCUUUCAUCCUUCGAAUCCAUGCUUGGGAACUUGACUAGGACUAAAGAUAGCAUUGGUCGAGCGACACGUGCAGCUAUUGAAUGUGCGAAGUUUGGUGUUGGCCCCAAGGUGGUUGAAGUACUCACUCGGACUCUGGACAUGGAAUCAAGCUUACAUAAAAAGUUGGACCUGUUCUUUCUUAUCGAUUCAAUCACGCAAAGCUCUCAAAAUCUAAAAGGCAAUGUUGCAGAUAUUUAUCCACCGGCCAUCCAGUUGGUGCUCUCACGGCUCCUGUCUGCUGUUGCUCCUCCUGGAAUCGGUGCACAGGAAAAUCGUAAACAGUGCAUUAAGGUUUUAAGACUUUGGUCACAGAGAGGGGUCCUUCCAGAAUCAAUAAUUCGUCAUCAUAUCCGAGAACUGGAUUCACUCAGUAGCUCAUCCUCCAGUGGUGCCUACUCUCGGCGUUCAUCUAGAACAGAGAGGUCAUUGGAUGAUCCUCUCAGGGAAAUGGAGGGCAUGCUUGUUGAUGAAUAUGGAAGCAAUUCAAGCUUUCAAAUUCCUGGUUUCUGCAUGCCUCGAAUGCUCAAGGACGAAGAUGAGGGAAGUGAUUCUGAUGGAGGAAGUUUUGAGGCUGUUACUCCUGAACAUACACCUCAAGCUUGUGAAGAACUUGAGACUGUUCCUGUAACGGAGAAGCGUAGGCAUAUUCUGGAAGAUGUUGAUGGUGAGCUUGAAAUGGAAGAUGUUGCUCCCCCUUGUGAAGUUGAAAUGAGUUCCUCUAAUUCCGUAGUUGUAAAUGUCGUUGAGGCUGUGCAUGAAAAGUUCGAGCAGCAUUUUCCUCUACCUAUAGCUCCUCCGCUACCUCAGGAUGUGCCGCCGUCAUGCCCACCACUUCCAUCGUCCCCUCCUCCCCAGCCUCCGCCUUUGCCUCCUCCAUUCUCCAGGAGUGAUUCAUGUGCCAGCGAUUUUGAGUUGAGGCGCUCCUAUAUGGAGACAAAUAAUGUUCGAGGUAAUUCGAUGCAACCAGUCGUUCAAUCAUCAAAUGCAUCUGGGACGACUCCAAGAAAAAGUGAUGCGGUACAUUAUCCUGCCUCAUCAAAUGCAUCUGGGAUUACUCAAAGAACAAGUGAUGCGGUUCACUACCCCGCAUCAGAGCGCAGAGAUCUUCAGAUGAAGAUGCCCGAAUGUACUCCUCGUUCCUUCAGCAAUAUCCCUGCUAGAGUAUUGAAUAAUGGCCAGCGUGAUGAUUCUACUGCAUUGCCUAACAAGGCUUACCCCUUAAGACCACCCCAUCCUCCACCACAAGAUCAGUUUACCUAUGUCCACGGAGACCACCGCAUGAAGCCUCGAUGGGAGGACGCACCCACUUCUUACUCAAGUAGAUUUCGCUAUGCUGAAGAUACGGAUGGCGAAAGCUUCUACAAUGACCAUGAAAGAAUGAGACAUUACUCCUAUGAGCCACAUGAGAGCUGGAGGAUUCCGCGACCUUUCUACGGUUCUCGCUAUCACGAUAGAGCAAGAACAUCCUACGGUCCUGCUUCUUGCGGUGGAACUCCAUGUGAACCGACAAGAGUACAUAGCCAGCGCUGGAGAUUUCCCUCUCGAGAUAUAAACAGUAGAAACUCUAUGCCUUAUAGACAACCUUAUGAAGGUCCCGUGCGUGUUUCAAAUAGAGGACCUAGCUUUUGGCGACCAAGAUGAAGAAACAUAAUCUAAUUACUAGAAAUGGUAGAAACGAUUUUUUAGCUUACUCCUUAAGAUGUCGACACGGUUCUUCAAGGGUGCAUGUGAGAUCGGAAUCCACGUGUGCCGAUGGGUGUACAUAGGUAAUAUAUCAUCCUGUAGAGAUGGUUGAGAACUGUAAUUAUUUAGGCUGUUUAUGCAGUUUUUCCGAUUUUCUUUUAAUUUAGAACACACGCUCGAGUCCCCAAUUUUUUUAGCAUAACUUAUCAGUUGGAAAGGCCUUCACUGGGUAGUUUGCCAAUAUACAAGGGCAGUUGUUAAAAGGAUUCAUACCUCUUUACCUUAUCAGGCAGUCUGUCUCCUCAUCCCCAUGCCUUAGUUAUGGAAGAACUCUUGGAUAUUUUCCCUUGCUUUCUCUCGAGCAAAGUAACGGUCAGCUCAUCCAUUAAGAAAGAACUCGUAACGGUGCUUCUCGACACCUCUGUUUUCUCCUCCUCUUCUCCUUGUCCAUUUGAAAUCUUCUUAACUCACAACAUAAUGUAAGGUACUUAUAUUAGCAGCUACAUCUUGUUCAACAUUAAAGUUACACGGUGGCUCUCCAUCGCAACUUUUGUAUAUUCAUUUAUAUAUAUAGAUCUUCCUCUUCAUGUCUGCAAGCA